CACACACUCCUUUCCUCUUCUUUCCUUCAUUUAACCCUCGGUUUCUUCCUUUUCUUCAACACACACUCACUCUCUCUCUUACGGUACCACCCCUCUAACUCCCAGUUGCUUCCCCUUUUCUGGAAACAGAUAUCUGAUCCACCCUUUUACCCAAAAAAUCAACACCAUCAUUCCAUUUCCACUUUAGUAUAUAUGGAUUCCAUUUCAUCUCACGAACAAACUAGCAUCAUAACCUAGACCCAACCAAACUAAACUAAACACUCAGUCAGUUCCACUUGUAUUUCAAUUCUCUCUCUAUAAACCCUAUAUACUCUUGUUCUUCCUUUCAUAUCUGUCACUGCACAGGUUGCUCUAAAUCUCUCUUUCUGCAUCAUAUAAUAUCCUAUAUUUGUUACUAGUGUCUCUCUUUUUUUUUUAUAACAAUAUUUGUCACUUUUUGUUUUGGGAAAAUAUCAAUUAUGUUUUCAUAUACAAUAAUAAUAUCAUGAAAAUAAAACCCUAGUUCUCACUGCAUCAUCAAUCAUCAAUUAUCAACAAUGAUCAAUCUCAUCAUCUGCAAGAUCUAGACCAGAUCCAAUUUAACAAAGCUAUUUGACUAAAUAAAAAGAUCUUGUUGAUCUCAUGGAUUUGGUUUCAGAAUCUACAAACUCGACCUUAAGCAAGAUCGAGAGUCCCACUAGUGGAUCUUCGAUAACCAACAAUAGUAUCAGCAGCGGAAGUUCAACUCCAACUUCAAGCCGUUACGAGAACCAAAAGAGAAGAGACUGGAACACGUUUUGUCAGUAUCUCCGAAACCACCGUCCGCCACUCUCGUUAGCCCUAUGUAGCGGUGCUCAUGUUCUUGAGUUUCUCAACUACCUUGACCAGUUUGGGAAAACGAAGGUUCACAAUCAUCCUUGUCCGUUCUUCGGAAUCCCUAAUCCACCGGCUCCUUGUCCUUGUCCUCUUCGUCAGGCGUGGGGAAGUCUCGACGCUCUCAUCGGUCGACUCCGUGCUGCUUAUGAAGAGAACGGUGGUCGGCCUGAGACUAACCCGUUUGGUUCUCGGUCUGUUAGGAUUUAUUUAAGGGAUGUUCGUGAUUUUCAAGCUAAAGCUAGAGGUGUUAGCUAUGAAAAGAAGAGGAAGAGGCCUAAGCCUAAGAUUACUGCACCCACAACUGCUAGUUAGGUGUUGGAUGGUGCCUAAGACUGUUGAGAUGGGUUUGGAAUUAAUUACAGUAGUUAUUAAAUUAAGGUGACGUAGAUCGGUGAUGGAAAUUUGAAGUUGUGACUUGUGAGGUCUCUAGCUAGCUGGAGGGACAAGUAUGCUUUCUGGUCAUGAGAUUCAUUUUCAUAGUCAUGACUACAAGUAGGAGAUGAAGAAAAUGUUAUGAAUUAUAAUUCUUGUACUGAAUCUUGUACGAAAUAUAUUAUGUAUUUGGGAAACAGGAUGCGGUUUGGUCUCCUAUGGGAGCUAGCUAGCUUAUAUGUUGAAAAUAAU